AUGGAUGUGGAAUCGUCAAAAGCUGCUGCAAUGAAAGCUGAAUCUCCUAAGAAACACAAACGCAGAAACAUUUGUUUAGGGGUGACCGCAGCUGUGAUCCUCUUUAUUUUUCUGCUUUUGCUCAUCUUGGGGUUAACGGUGUUCAAGCCCAAACAACCGACAACCACCGUGGAUUCCACCUCCAUCAGUGACAUGAAGGUUUCUUUUGACAUAGCCAGGCUAAGAGUGGAUGUAAACGUGAGUCUUGACGUGGAUCUCUCUAUCAAGAAUCCGAACAAGGUGAGUGUCAAGUACAAGAACAGCUCUGCUUUUCUGAAUUAUAGAGGCCAAGUUGUUGGUGAAGCUCCAAUUCCUGCGGGUAAGAUUUUAGCAGACAAAACACAACCCAUAAACGUAACCGUUACACUUAUGGCAGAUCGGUUGUUGUCUGAUUCGCAGUUUUUUUCUGAUGUCAUGGCUGGUACUAUACCCUUUAAUACCUUGACCAAGAUUUCUGGAAAAGCUAGCGUUUUUAAUCUGUUUAAUGUACAUAUCACUUCUACCAGUAGUUGUGAUCUUCUUGUUUUUGUUUCUAAUAGAACUAUAGGGGAUCAAAAGUGCAAGUAUAAGACAAAAUUGUAG